CCAGCAGCACCCAAAAAAUCUGCUCCCGGUAUUUUCAGACCUGGAUCCAGGGGAUAGCUUGUUCUCCUGUACAAAGCAAGGCUCGGGUUUGGGUUUCUGAGCUCGUUUUGGGAAGAAGGGAGCUCUGUUUGAGGGCAGGGAAACGCCGCACACGGGCUCGGCUCGAGAGCUCCUUGCUGCCUCUGAGAACAUCCCUGUGGUUUAGCAGAGGGACACGGAUCCCUGGGUUUUCCAGGCUGCUGGAGACAUCUGAGGUCUGAAGGAAACCACCCAAAACCCCUCCUGUCCCAGCUCAGUCAUGUGUGGAUGCCACGGGCUGGUUUGCUGGGAGCGUGUAUUUUCUGCGUAGAUGUGGCAAUCUGGCACAUCGCCAUCCCCAGGCCCGAUCGACCGGCAGAAGUGCGGACCUUCACCUUUUAUCUCUCCAAUAUUGGCAAGGACAGCCCUCAGGGGAGCUUUGACUGCAUCCAGCAGUAUGUAUCCAGCAAUGGUAAUAUCCAUUUGGAUUGCCUGGGAAGCAUACAGGAUAAAAUCACCGUGUGUGCUACUGAUGAUUCCUACCAGAAGGCGAGGCAGAGCAUGGCACAGGCAGAGGAGGAGACUCGCAGCCGGAGCGCCAUAGUCAUUAAACCUGGGGGGAGAUAUGUAGGCAAAAAGGUUCAGGUGCGUAAACCUGCACCAGGAGCUUCCGAUGCUGUUCCCUCCAGGAAGCGCCCAACGCCAGUCAACCUUGCCAGUGCAAUAAAGAGAGGCAAUAGUGCGAUUUCCCAGAGACCCUUCAAAGAUAGGGUUGUGCACUUACUGGCACUAAAGCCUUAUAAGAAACCUGAACUUAUUCUCAGAUUGCAGAAGGAUGGACUUUCUCAGCAGGACAAGGAUUUGCUGGAUAACCUUCUGCAACAGGUGGCAAAUCUGAGUGCCAAGGACAGCACUUUCACACUGAAAGAUUGUGUAUACAAAGAAGUGCAGAAGGACUGGCCUGGCUACUCAGAAGGAGAUCAGCAGUUGUUGAAGAGGAUCCUCGUUAGGAAGCUGUGCCAGCCCCAGAACAGCGGCGCUUUCCAGGGAGAAGCUCCUUCCCUGAGCCCUCCAAAGGACACCCUCAACUCCAGCUCUCCCCCUCAGAAACGAUCCCAACCUCUGGAGUUCAUCGACCCCCUGGCCAACAAAAAGCCCAGGAUCUCACAUUUGGCUCACAGAACUCAACCCACUCUCAACGGGAAGCUGAAUUCCUCCAACGGGAAGGACACCCUGGCCCCCCCUGCCCUGCCCCCGGCUCUGCCGGAGCCGGUGAGCUCCAGCUCCUCCCUCCCAGCCCUGGAGCUUCCCAGACCUCACGAUCCCCUCUCGGAUGUCAGCAACGACCUGACUCACAACGGCAGAGACUGUGAGAGCACGGAGCCUCCCGACAGACUGAGUCACCCCCUGCCCACAGACUGUGCCCAAAGCAGCAAACACAACUGCGGCUCCUACGUCAAAUCCAAGAAAAAAUCCAAAAAGCACAAAGACAAGGAGAAGGAGAGGAAGGAGAAGAAGAGCGAGGAGAAGUGCAAAGAGGAGAAGCAGAACUGUGAAGUAAUAAAAAAUGCUGACUUAGUUAGUGUUCCCCAGGAACAGGUCCCAGGUUUAAAUGGAACAUGCAAUAAUUCUAGUGUACCAACAUCAACUUCAGAAAUGCCAGAUUAUUUAUUAAAAUACGCAGCCAUUUCCUCCUCGGAGCAGCGUCAGAGCUACAAAAACGAUUUCAACGCGGAGUACAACGAGUACAGGGAUUUACACGCCCGGAUAGAGAGGAUAACCCGACGGUUCACCCAGCUGGAUGCCAAGCUGAAGCAACUUCUGCAAGGCUCUGAGGAAUACAAGACCAUCCACGAUCAAAUUUUACAGGAAUAUCGAAAAAUUAAAAAGACAAACCCCAAUUACAGCCAAGAGAAGAACCGCUGCGAAUACCUCCACAACAAACUGGCCCACAUCAAAAAACUGAUAGCAGAGUAUGACCAGCAGCAGUUUUAGCUGCCACUCACCCCUGGACUGGGUAGGGCAAACCAAAAUCCAGUCACCCUGGACGUUACGUUCCCUUUUAUACACCCAAAAUCCCUUUCAGAGGCGAGCAUUAAUUCCUCGUGGUUGAAGAACUUGGGGAUGACUUUAAGAUGCCAGAUCUGUCAUGUCCACGUCCAGCACGCUCCUCCCGAGUUUUUAAGCCUCUCUGAAUGUUGGAAUGUAACAAAUGGAUAACAAAAAACAAACAAAAAGCAAACAAACAAACAAAAUUCUGCUUAUUUGAAGCCAGCGUUUGACACUUAAGAGAAAACUUGCCUAAAGUGACCGAAGCUCCCAAAGGUUAAGAAUCUGUAGUUUUCAUGGAUUAAAAGUUUGGCAUGCAGUUGUAAUCCCCCCCCCCCACCCCCCACCCCGGCCCAGCUCCACGUGGGUUACAAAUUGUCCUACAAAUGGUGAGGAACUGGAAUUGCUGCUAGGACUGUUUUUGGAAUGAGAGCUGUGUGCUCCCGGCUCCGCGGAAAUACAUCACGUUCCCUGA